GGCAAGGCCCUUCUCUGGAGCAUGGAGGGAUUACGAGCAAGACUGGAGUACCUUUCUGCACCUUGGUCGAGACUCUGUGUCUGCUGUGAAGACCUUGUGCUCCCUAAGGUGCGCAGGACUGUGCUAGAUCUAUGGUCAAUUUACUCAAAGCCUGUCCCAGCAAACACCAGAGAGUUGGGGACUUUAUUUCUACAGUGUUCCUGCAUUACAGUGGUGGUAGGAGGCCUCUUUUACAACUGGAUGUUUGCUUCCCUGGAGUAUUCACGACAUCUCUCUACUGCAAUUGCACUUUCCUUCAGUCUGCUCCUUCUACUGACCCUUUUCUUGGUGCACCCUGCCCGCUGUGUUUUCAGUAUCAUCAUGCCUACCUUAGGUACAAAACAAGGUCGGAAGCUUCUUUUGUCUACCUGCAUCAUGGUCGUGGCAGUUAAUGUAACACCAAACAUUAUAAGUAACAUUAAAGCCAUACUGCAGGUUAUCGAAUGCAUCUGUAAGAAUUCCUCGGAGAGCCUUUUGAACUCAACAGCCCUCCUAGGGGAAGCGUCCUGGGAGCUUGGAGAUGUCAUCCAAACAGUUGACAUUGGUGCUUUGCGGCCUAAGAAUGGACACUUUAAAUUUGCACUACUUAAUAAUAGCACCUUGGUUAAUCAGCAAAUGCAUCUUGCUGGUGAGAAAAUUAGAAAAAACUUUCUGGCAGUUGAAGCACUGGUAAAAGCGUCAGUACAAGCAGGGAACAGAUUAGUAGCUGGCUUUUCUGUGCUCUAUCUCUGCUUUGAGUCCACCUGGUAUUUGAAAAACUAUCUCACCAACCUUCGCUUUGACAAUUUCUACAUCACCAAGAAACUGGAGUGUUUGUCCAUGGACAGAAAAGCAGCUCAUCUGCUGACCGGCUCAUCCAAACGUUUCCUUCGGCCAACGGGCCCAAAGUUGUCCCGGGAGGAAGUGAUGCUCUGCCUCACCCAGAUGAUGUUCCUCACCGUGGUCUUGAUGCUGAUGCUGGUCAUCAUAGCAAUGGACCACUUUGCGUUCAGCGUGGCAGACACUGCGCUCAGGAACGUGGCUCUGUUCUCAGUGGUGCCCGUGACUCUCAACAUCAAAUACAGCGUAAGUGCCUGGUUCCCUUGUCCAGCUUAUGACUUUGAAAAAAGCUACCACCAUAAUCUGCACUUCAGCUCUGCCCGCUGCAGGAUCAACCCACCAAGGCCUCCUAAUAACUCUGUGAUCCUUGUUGUUGGGCUGCUCUACUGCAUCAUCUACGCCACGGUAUUUCUGGAGACCUAUGCCCACCGCUCGUGCAGAAAAAUCGCAGCCUCCUUCUUUGAGAGCCAAGAGGAGAAGCGAGCACGUUACCUCUACGACAAGCUGUCCAGGAAGCAUGAGGAGGAGAAAAACUGUGAGAAACCAAGAGCAGUUUUAGAAAUCCAAGGAUUGUCUGAGGCUUCUGGGCAGUAG